CACCGUUGGUUCCUUGCCUUAGUGACAGCCGAACGCAUUAUACUGUUACCCAAACAGGAAGUAAUUUGUACAAGGAAAGGGGUCCUGUUUGGUUUGUUUAAGUUGUUAGAAAAUAUCUAAUCGUUAGCUACGGGAACUCGAAGAUAGAAACGAUCAUGAAACCAGCAGUGGACGAGAUGUUUCCUGAAGGUGCCGGGCCUUACGUGGACCUAGACGAGGCAGGGGGCAGCAGCGGUCUGCUCAUGGACCUGGCAGCAAAUGAGAAAGCAGUGCACUCCGACUUUUUCAAUGAUUUUGAAGAUCUGUUUGACGAUGAGGACCUGCAGUGACUGAAGAAGACCCAAGAUAUGUGUGCGUUUGUGUGUGUGUGUGUGUGUGCGUGCGUGCGUUUGCGUGCACGCAUGUGAGACAAAAGGAUCCCAAGUACUGUGAAACGAGCACCAUUAUCUCUGGUGGAACAUUGAUCAUGUUGGAAAUCCAUAUAAACCCCCAUUUCAAAUAAAGCCUUUUUCUACAAAG